AUGUUGCGAUUCCGGAAACUUGUUGGAAUAUGUGAUUUCAGAGCUUGCGAAUUCAGCUCAACUGCACCUUUUGUGAAGAAUAUUUGUAUAGUUGGAUCCGGCUUGAUGGGUUCUGGAAUUGCACAGGUAGCAGCGCAAGCAUCGAUAAUGGUGACAUUAGUCGACAAAUCGGACGCUGCCCUAAAUAAAUCGGAAAAGUAUAUCCAGAACAAUUUGGAACGACUAACAAAAAAGCAGUGCAAAGAUGUUAAGACGCAAGCAUCAAUCAUUGAAAAUGUAAUGGAAAAAAUAAUGAUGACGAAAAACCUUGAGCAAGGUGUUCAAAAGGCAGAUUUAGUGAUUGAAGCAAUUAUUGAAAAUCUACCAAUGAAGCAAAAAUUGUUCGAAAGAAUUGAAGCUGUUGUUGCAAGGCCGAUAUUGCUUGCCAGCAACACAUCUUCACUAAGGCUACAAGAUAUUGCUAGGAAAUUGAAAAACAGAUCAAGAUUUGGCGGUCUGCAUUUCUUCAAUCCUGUACCAAUAAUGAAGUUAUGUGAGGUAGUACGGCUGACAGAAACAUCAGAUGAUACAUUUAAUGCCCUCCAGACGUUCGGGAAAACGGUUGGUAAAACAACCGUCGCAUGCAAAGAUGUUCCCGGUUUCAUAGUCAAUCGUUUACUGAUUCCGUAUUUGAUAGAAGCAAUUCGAAUGACUGAACGGGGCGAUGCAUCACCACGGGACAUUGACACAGCAAUGAAGCUAGGAGCUGGCUAUCCAAUGGGACCCUUUGAAUUGUUAGAUUAUGUGGGUCUUGAUACGGCAAAAUUCAUCCUGGAUGGAUGGCACGAAUCCUAUCCAAAUGAAAAACAGUUUGAUCCGAACCCGACGCUGAACAAACUGGUAGCUGAAGGAAAGCUUGGAAAAAAGUCGGGAGAAGGAUUCUACUCUUAUAAAUAG